AACACAUCCUCCGAAUCUCACCUUCAACGUUGUCUUUUAUUUUUCUCCCUAUCGGAAAAUGUCGGCCGGACUCGGAAAAUGCAGCAAAAUCCGACACAUUGUCAGGCUCCGACAAAUGCUCCGACGGUGGCGCAACAAGGCUAGAAUGUCAGCUAAUCGCAUCCCUUCCGACGUACCCGCGGGACACGUGGCUGUCUGCGUUGGAACCAGCUGCCGGCGGUUUGUCGUCCGGGCUACAUACUUGAACCACCCGAUUUUCAAGAAGCUUCUGGUUCAAGCAGAAGAGGAGUACGGGUUCACCAAUCAAGGCCCUUUGGCAAUCCCUUGUGAGGAGUCAGUUUUUGAAGAAGUGAUCCGGUUCAUCUCCAGAUCCGAGUCUCCGAACUCUGGCCGGUUCGUGAAAUUGGACGAUUUUCAAAGUUAUUGUCAUAUCGGAAUCAGAACCGGGCUUGAUUUGUGGCCGGAAUCUCGACCUUUGCUUCAUGGGUUGGCCGAGAAAUCCAUCUGGUAAUGUGGGUCUUUUUGUAAAUCCGUCUGAAUUGGCAGCAACUUUGCAGAAAAGUGAAGAACAAGAACAACAGCUAAAGGAGAGCGAGUCAAAGAUCCAGAUUUGACUCGGUUGAGUUACCCGAGAUGGGGUUGUAAUUUUAAUUUAAUCUAAUCUGGGUUUUUUCCCCCUUUUUUUGAACCCCCCACAAUCCCACUUGCCACAUACACAAAAAACAGGGGCAAGCGGAGUUAGGAGGGUUUUUCUUUAAAAGUUAAGAAAGUAUAAUGUGAUUACUGGGGAGGGAGUUUUAGCUCCGGAGAAUGCUUAUGGAGAUGGCAAAAACUGGUGGAGGGAUCAUUUCACCGUGUCGUCCCGAGCUCGAAUCGGAGUCGGGGCAAAACAGAGAAGGAAGAAGGAAGAAGAACAGAAAGUGUUGCUAAUUCGGCCAGAGGUCUAUUUUCUGUAAAUUAAGUGAUUGAUUUGAAAUUAUUCAAUGGGAAAUCUUAUAGACCAAUUCUAAUUCCAAUUCCAAUGUGACUGUUGAUUUCUUUUGAAAAGGAAAAGGAAAACAAAAAAAGGGUUGUAAAUUGUAAUCGGGGCAGGGGAGACUCCAAUGGGAAGACAUGUGCAAUAUAAAAUAAACUGAAGGGCAUGUGUCCCAUUUGCUCUGUUUCACCUGACUCCUUUUGUUUCUGUGGCAUUUCAAUUGGGAGGGAUAUACUAAAAACUCAA